CAAGCAAUUCUCGAGUCACAAAGAGUACAGAUAGCGCAGAGAGUUGAGUUGAAAAGAUAGAGAUGGCAAAGUGUUCUAUAAUCCUUGUACUUACGCUUGCAGUUAUUCACCGCAGUACGGCUGCUAGGAAUGUGCCUGGUGCCACUGGUCUUGAUGACCAAAAGAACUUCGUUGCAUUUGGUGGGGUUGGCGGCAUUGCUGGAGCAGGCGUUGGCAUUGGAGGUGGGGACGGUGUCCUUGGCGGCAUUGGGAGUGGAAUUGGUGGAGAUGGUGGACGAUGAACUGGUUUAGGAGGCCUUGGUGGCAUGGGUGGAGCCACUGGAGGUCUUGGAGGACUCGGCAGUGGAAUUGGUGGCCUUGGCGGUGAUGUUGGUGGUCUUGGCACUGGCAUUGGUGGUGGAAGUGGAAGUGGUGAUUGUGGUGAUGGUGGCGCCGGAUCCUUGCUUCAUCCUUGAUUUCUUUUGAGCAUUAUUCUAUGUUUAUCGACUUCAGUCUAUGUCUAGCAAUUGGUGUGAGAGGUUUUUGUCAUAACAUAGUAAUCUGUUUUUAUUUUGCUAUUUUGAGAUUGAUUACUAUGUCAAGCCUUAAAUAAUCGUCCAGAUGUUUCUUCAUUUCUCAAUGGUUAGCAGACUUAAAGGAA